CGCGAAACAUGGCUGGACUGGGUGCUGGCGGCAACAGCGACGGCUACCGGGACGAGGGUGACGACGGCGUGCUCAAGGCGGCCGUGGAGGUGUUCGCGAAGCUAAAGGACCUCAACUGCCCGGUCCUGGAGGGUCUUUAUAUCACAGAACCCAAGACCAUUCAGGAACUGCUGUGUAGUCCCUCGAAGUACCGCUUGGAAAUCCUGGAGUGGAUGUGUAUUCGGGUCUGCCCCUCCUGGCAGGACAAGUUCAGCUCACUAAAGGGGGCCCCAGUCGAGGUGAAGAUCCAAGAGAUGGUGAGACUAGGCCAGGAGCUGAUGCUGUGUGGGCUGGAUGACCAGGAGCUCCUAAAGGGCCGGGCCUGCGCCCAGAAGCAGUUGCGCUUCAUGAACCAGCUGCUGGAUGGGGUCCAGAGCCUGACUGCCGGAUGCUGCAGCCGCUCCAGCAGUGUGAAGGAGCACUUAGAGGACACCAGAGAGAAGAACGAGGUGCUUCUGGGGGAGCUCUUCUCCAGCCCCCACCUGCAGACGCUCCUGAGCCCCGAGUGUGAGCCAUGGUCCCUAGACGUUCAGCCCUUCCUUAGGCAGCAGAGCGGUGCCUGGCAGAGGGCCAGCCCCUGCGUUGAGUUGGAGGACGUGAACGUGGUGGAGCUGGGCAGGCAGCUGCAGGAGAGCGCCGCCAAACUGCAGGCGCUCAGGGUGGAGCACAAGCAAGGGGGCGCUGUGAGCGGGGCCGACACCAGCACCCUGGACCAGAAGCUGCGCCUGGUCAUCUCUGACUUCCACCAGCUCGUUGUGGCUUUCCUCCAAGUCUACGACGACGAGCUGGGUGAGUGCUGCCAGCGCCCGGGCCCCUACCUCCACCCGUGUGGCCUCAUCGUCCAGGCCGUGCACCAGACCCUGACUUCGUGCAACCAACUGCUGAGAGCGGUCACGCAGGUCGCCGACACCUCGGCAGAAGCCGUGCAGAUGGUGAAGCAGCAGCAGGACGAGCGCAUCUGUUGGGGCGGCAGCAACCCUCUCACGAGUCUAGCCACCAAAAUGGAAGAACUAACUGAGAAAUACAAGAUCUUCAAUGACAGUCUGAAAGACAUGGAGUAGUCUGGGGACUGGAAGCUCUGCCCUGAGGAGCCAGGGCCGCGGGGGCAGGGGGCGGAGGGGGGGUGGGGCGCAGGGCCAGCCCUGAGGCGGGAGAGGCAGUUACAGCCGCACACUCAGCGGGAGCAGUCCCAUCAGCCCCAUCAGCGGCUUGGGACAGAAGGAGGGAGAGGGCAGACUUGAGCUGGACAGAAAGGAAAGCUCGGGUUCCAAGAAGCCGCCUCCUGACUGCCUCCUCCCCUCUGCCGUCUGCCUGGGGCUGAGGGGGCCAUGGCUCCCCCACUGCUCAGUCUGCCGUUCUCCCCGUGGUGGUGUCCCACAUCCCGGGCUCUGGGCUUCCUGCUGUCCCAGGCGGCCUUGGCACUGCUUCUGCUCCUGCUCCUGCCCCUGCCUGGUGAAACCUGGGGACGCCAAGCCUCAGAUGUCUCCGCCUUGCCGUGGGACCUGACCACCCUACUGCCGUCUGCACUGUGACUGGCCUUGGGGUCCCACGUGAGGACUCCCUGCAGACCCCGGGCCCAGCCACCGACACCCGGCACCCAUCGCAUCUGGAAUUGAGUGGGCGGGCACACGUUUCCUCCCUCCCUCCCUGCACCCGCCUGGGAAAUUCUUGCCAGUGGCCUGACUGGUUGUCCGGGAAGCUGCUCUCUGGGCUUCUCAGGGUGACCCAGUAUCUCCCUGAGCAGUGCGCCCAUCGUGGCCACCUCCCUCCCUCCGAGCAUGGGAACAGGCACCACUGGCGGGGCCUCUGCCUCCCUCAGCCCGGCGGCAGGCCGGAAGGGGCUUGUGGAGGGGGCCUCCCUCUAAACACUUGGCCCACCACACAGGCCUGCCCUGGCUGCGAGCCUCCCCUGCUCCUGCUCCCGCUCCUCCUCGACUUCCCUGCGGCUGCUCCGGACAGGAAGGCUGCUGAGGCAGGGAGGGGGACGGGCGGGCCUGGGUCACCAUUGUCCAGCUGCGCCAGCAGCUUCACGGUCCAAGGGACCCACGAAGGCCUGUGGCAGGCAGGCCACAGCCGGCAUCUUUGUUGCCUCCCCGUGCCCCUGGUGGGAGGCUGGGCCCGCGGGCACCCACCAACCAAGGGCUGGCAUAGCUUGCUCUGGAACGAGGUACUCGGGACGGUGCCACCCACUUUCUGGCCACGGAGGGCCUUCUUGCUUUCUACCUGUCUUGAAUGUGCCUUUUGUCCUUGACUGAGCCAGGUGGGCCGGGAGGGCCCCAGAGCCUGGGCCGGGAGGGGCUGGGCUUCACUUCUCCUCCCAUGGUCCUGGGGCUGGGGUCGCUGCCGAGGCCGCCUCGUACCCCCACCUCUCGCGUCGCCCGUCCUUCAUCACUCGGUGGAGCCACAUUGGCUCAGCUGGAGCCCACCUGGCUUGCCAGGUCAGGCUCCGCCUCUCUCCCUCCUUCCUGGCGGCCUCUGCUAAGGGUCUCUUAGAUAGUACGGGUCAUUGCACCUGUGAAACGGAUAGUAUCUCCCCUUCCCGGUGGGGACGAGCUUGUGAGAUGUGCGAGCCACGGCCAGGCAGCACGGAAGCCGCCCCAAGAUCACUGGGGCGACACUGAGGUCCCAUCCUGAAUGCACCCUUCCCUUUACUGGCCGAGCAUGGCUUGUGCAAGCACCUCUUUGCUGCUCCUAGGCCCCCUUUAGCCUCACGAGGGGCUGCUGGGUCCCCUGUGACCCAGGUGGAGCGGUGCCCUGGAGGGGAAGGCUUGCCACCUUGGCGGGAGGGGCCUCGGCUCGGCUGCCGUGUCCUGGCCCUGCUCAGACUCGCGUUUCCUCCUCGUGCCUGUGAUGACACGUUCUUCCAGCUUGUGGGGAGCCUUGCGUGUGGCCCGGGAGCCUGCUUUCCAAUCUGUAAACAUGGGGUGUAUGUCUCAGCAGCUGUGAGUGAGCGAGGGGGUGGCAAGCCGGCCGCACAGGUCCUGCGGCCUUAGGCCUCCUCGUUGCCCAACAGGCGGCUGGGGGCGGGCCGUGGCCACUGAUUAAAGGCCGCCUGGAGCAGCCUGUGUGGAGACAGGUGCCCAGCAGCCCAGGAAGCCGGCCAGCAGCCGCCCCAGGUAAGCCGGCCAGCAGGGUUGGUGAGGACAGCUGCUGGGAGCCCAGACGCAGGUGACCAGGUCGGGGAAGGCACCUGUGUGCAAGGGAGAAGGCCAGAGGAGGCCAAACCAGGGAGGCUUGGCUGCCUGCCUCCCGACAGCUGACCCUAGGGUUGCAGGCGCAGGGUGCUGUGCCUGAGGCUCCUCGCUAAGGUGUCUCAGUGAAGAUGCCAUCCUGGGCUAGCACCUCCCGGGUCCCUGAUGACGUGGAUGUGGCUCACUUUGUGUCUCCUGUACCUGGAGGCAGGCAGCCGAGGCCUCUGGGCCGGGAUCCGGGCACAUCAGGCCUGCCUUUUGCCGUUGACUAGCUGGUGGUGGUGAUGAUGGCCAGGGAGGGACUGGGGCACAGAAUGGAGAGGGUGGCGCGGCCCUAGGAG